CGUAAACGUGUUACCGGAAAAAAAAAAAAUAAAUAAAUUAAAACAAAAUAAGUAAAACAAAAAAGAAAAAAAAUAAUUACGAAUUAACGAGUUAACGAAACAAUAAUUUAGUGACUUAACGAUUUAUCGAGUAGCUAAACCAAGCGCUAUAUAUCGUAAAAGUAAGUCCCGUUCGGCCGAAAUACCAAACUCAAAAGUUUUCGCGGCAUCUGUGAGUGAUUCUCCAACCUCCGCGGGGAUACCUACACUUUAUUGUGCCUCUUUCGAAAUCUGCGUAGGAACGGCAUUUUCAGUUGGAAAGUUUUUUCGCAAUUCUGCUACAUCGUGCUGAACGAAGAAAAACAAAAUGGCGGAACAAUUCACAAUUCGUGUGAAGAAAUAUAUGAGCAACCCCCUGCUGCAAAGGAAGCAGUUCGCCCUGGAAAUACUACAUCCCAAUAAGGGCUCAGUGUCGAAGAAGGACGUAAAAGAGAAGUUAGCAAAAAUGUACAAGCUGAACAAUGUUAACACAAUUGUACUGUUCGGAUUUAAAUCCCUAUUCGGAGGUGGAAGAACCAAGGGGUUUGGCCUGAUUUACAACAGCGUGGAUUCUGUUAAAAAAUUUGAAAAGAAAUACAGACAAAUUAGGGAAGGGUUAAUAACCAAGGAGAACAAACCAGGACGAAGGGCUGCCAAGGAAUUGAAAAACCGAAGAAAGAAGGUACGUGGCACGGCCAAGACAAAGGUUUCAGGAGCGAAGAAAAAGUAAACGGAUCUGCCCCCUCACUUUUGCGUAUUCGUACUUGCAAAGUUUUGUGUUUCGUUUCGAUAAAGUUACACAGUCGGAUGUUUAUGAUUUUUAUUUUAUCUCCCUGUAAUGGCCUUUUUUUUUUUUUUUUUUUUCCCACUCCACACUUCUUUUUUCUGCCCUCUGCUUUGCCACUAACGUUAACCAUUACAUGCUAACUUACU